UUUAAUUACUGAGCACAAGAUUAGUGAACCUUAAUUAUAUUUAGCGUUUUAUGUGUGCUGUUACAUGUAUUUUUAUGUUUAUUAUCCUAAACACGAAUUGUAAUGGUGUUUGUCGCAGUUUGAUCUAAUCUCAUUUGUUCCAAUCAAACUAUGCAAAGUGUACAAAAGAAGAAAAUAAUAUUAAUGAUAGCUAUCAUAUGCAUAAUAAUAUCUUACAAAAAUAUGAUACCAAAAAUAAUUUAUUUAUAAUUAAUCUCUUGAUAAAUACUUUGACCCACAAAUGCCAUGGAAUUUCUAAUUUUAAACUCAACACCUCAUUUACAUUUCUCUCAUACUUCGACUCAAGAGGCGCGGAGUUUAAAUCUCAGAAAAUCUUCACUAAUAUCUGCAAGGUAACAGAUUCCCACGUAGAACAUAACUUGAACUUUGAAGGUCCACAACUUUACCUCUAAUAAACCCCAAUAAAGUCGUCUAAAACGUACUUGUUCCCGAAACUAAGUUUUAAUAAGUCCCCCGUGCGCUCGUCUAAUAAGCUUUUUUCCACCGUCAAGUUUACGGCCCUCAACGCCAAUAAAACUCCAUCAACCAAGGUGUAGGUACGUGCGCGUAAGGGAACAGCUCUGCGGCUUAAGAGCCCACAAGUAUAGCCCACGAAAAUCAGCAUUCCAAUGAAAAACAACCGCCGCUAAUCAAACAAUUGACACGGAAAACCUUUUUGAUUGAUGAAACUAAUAUCAGAUUACUGGGCAUCGGCAUUGAACAAUUGUAGACUUUCACAGUUUGAACUUUAAUGUUGACACAAACUUUGGUCCCCGAAUCACGUCCCAGUUUGUUUGUAGUUGAGCUACUGUGUCUACCGCUGCUGUAUCACGCGGAAACAGCGGGCGCAAGGUGCGGGGCGGGGCGUCGUAGCGUCGCGACGUUCAGUCGGGCGCCGGCCUCGUGCAGCGCCGGUCGCCGGCACUUACGCGGCAUGCGGCCCGCGCUCGCCGCGCUCGCGGCUUGCUGCGUGGUAACACGCGCCGAGCCGUCUGCGCGCCUUGUUCCGCGCAACUCUACCCCCCACCAUGUUCUUCAAUGUUCUGAUGGACUCGUCCUACCAGCGUGGCAACCCCUCGAGGAUGUGCCGACCUACGAGAUCGCCUUCCGAGGCGUUGUUUAUUUUCUUGCUCUCAUGUAUCUCUUCAUCGGAGUGUCCAUCGUCUCCGACAGAUUUAUGGCCGCCAUAGAAGUUAUCACGUCGCGGGAGAAGGAGGUGCGCGUGCGACGCAACGGCAGCGACCAGAUUGUUGUCGUUAGAGUUUGGAAUGAAACGGUCGCUAAUUUAACUUUGAUGGCUUUAGGAUCUAGUGCACCUGAAAUAUUGUUAUCCGUAAUUGAAAUAGCUGGGAAGAACUUCGAGGCAGGGGAUUUAGGGCCCGGUACCAUCGUGGGCUCGGCUGCAUAUAACUUAUUCGUGAUUAUAGCCAUCUGUGUUGUGGUGAUACCCGAUGGCGAAGUUAGAAAAAUUAAACAUCUCAGAGUGUUCCUUGUGACUGCGACGUGGUCCAUCUUUGCGUAUGUGUGGCUCUACCUCAUAUUAGCCGUCAUAUCACCCAACGAAGUAGAAGUUUGGGAAGGAACUGUCACUUUUCUCUUCUUCCCAGCGACGGUACUAACUGCUUACAUAGCCGACCGUCGAUUGCUAGUAUACAAAUAUCUGAAGAAAGGUUAUAGAGUUAACGAAAGAGGAGUUAUUGUGGAAGCCGAAGGUGAUGGCUCUGUUGAAAUGGCUCUAAAACCAGGCGGAGACGACUUUUUAUCCGAAGACGAAGAAGGUAGAGAACAGGAAAAAUCAAAAAGAGAAUAUGUGACAGUGUUAAGAGAAUUAAGAAGACAACAUCCUGAAGAAGAUUUAGAAACAGUAGAAAGAAUGGCUUUAGAGACGUUAAUGUCACGCGGUCCGAAAUCUAGAGCUUUCUACAGAGUCGCAGCUACUCGCAAAAUGACAGGCGGAGGAGACUUCUCACGGAAAAUAUCAGAACGUGCACAAAGUGAUCUCAGCGAAGUGAAAGCAGAAUUGCAGCGACGGGAAUCAGGAUCCUUAUCACUCGAGCCUCGAGGACCCAACGUCCGCUUCGAUCCCGACCACUACACUGUCAUGGAAAACUGCGGGACCUUCGAAGUGAGAGUUGUAAGAGCUGGAGACCUAAACGGAGAAAUCACAGUACAAUACACUACAGAGGAUGGCACAGCAGAAGCCGGGUCUGACUACGUAGCUGCCCAAGGUUCCUUAACAUUCAAACACGGGGAGACAGAAAAAACCUUCAGCGUACAAGUGAUCGAUGAUGAUGUCUUUGAGGAAGAUGAGCAUUUCUAUGUGCGUUUAACGUCUCCUAGAGGAGCCUGCCUCGCAUCACCAUCUACAGCUACAGUGGUGAUUCUCGAUGAUGAUCAUUCCGGUGUGUUCUCUUUCCCCCAACGCGACUUUGAGCUCACGGAAUCGGUUGGAACGUACGAUCUGAGGGUCGUGAGGACGGCAGGCGCUCGCGGCAAGGUGAGAGUGCCCUACUGGACGGAGGACGGCACAGCGAAGAACGGAGUCCAGUACGAGUCAGCUCAAGGAAGCGUCAUCUUCGAAAACAACGAAACUGAAAAAUUCAUCCCACUUCACAUUAUAGAAGAAGACAGCUAUGAGAAAGAUGUCCUUUUCUAUGUCAACCUCGGAGAACCAGAGUUACUAGGCGAUGAUGACAAUCCCGUUGCAACUGGUAAUGAAGCCAACCAUCUGGCCACGCUUCCUGAGGAGGAGGCUGUGGUAGCCAUGAUGGGGCUGCCCCGAGCUGGUGAGAUCACAAGAGCUCAGCUCAGGAUUAAAGAAAGCAAGGAGUUUAAAAACACAGUUGACAAACUAGUGCAGAGAGCAAACGCAUCAAUUAUAAUAGGCACGUCGUCCUGGAAGGAACAGUUCUCAGAGGCGUUAACAGCUAGCUCAGGUUCAGAUGACCCAGACGAACCUCCUUCGUGCUUCGACUACGUCUUACACGUCGUCACUCUAUUCUGGAAGAUUGUGUUCGCUUUGAUCCCACCCACUGACAUCGGCGGUGGUUACGUAUGCUUCGUGGUAUCAAUCAUCUGCAUCGGUCUGGUGACAGCGGUGAUCGGUGACGUGGCAUCCCACUUCGGCUGCACCCUUGGGAUCAAGGAUUCUGUCACCGCUAUUGUCUUCGUGGCGUUGGGGACGAGCAUACCUGACACAUUCGCGAGUAAGGUGGCGGCGUGUCAAGACAAGUACGCGGACGCAUCGGUGGGGAACGUGACCGGAUCGAAUGCUGUCAACGUGUUUCUAGGGAUCGGGGUCGCUUGGACCCUCGCCGCCAUCGUCCACUGGAGCAAGGGCGAGAAGUUCGAAAUUGAUCCUGGAAACCUAGCCUUCAGCGUGACGAUGUACUGCUCCGAAGCCUGCCUCGCAGUCCUCGUCCUGGUCCUCCGCCGACGGAAAAGCAUCGGCGGUGAACUCGGAGGACCAAAGACAAUCAAAAUCAUCACCUCCAUGUUCUUCUUCUCUCUAUGGCUGAUAUACCUCACCAUGUCCAGUUUAGAAGCCUACGACGUUAUCCCAGGAUUCUAAAUAUCUAUAAUCUGGUAAAAUAUUUCGAUUAGGUAAGCGCUUUUUAGUCAUUGGAAGAAAUUGCAGUGUCACUUAAGGCGUUUUUUUUUUGUAUAGUGGUAGAACCUUUGGGUUCUAGGGAGAAACGUCGUAAGCGAUAGUGUUGUUUUUAGAUUUUCAUAGUUAUUGUCUAAAUAUGUACCGUUGUAAGCGUGUUUGGUGGGCGAUUUAGCAGCUGAUGAUGAGAACAUGAAACAACGAAAUUUCAGUCAAGAAAAACAUAUUUUAGAGAUUUAUUUUUUUCGUCU